CGGCGCGCGGGCAGAGCGGAGCCGGUGCCGGACAUGGCGGGUCGCGCCCAGCGCAGCGCCGCGGGCCCCGCGCCCGGCCUCCCCCUCCUCCUCCUGCCGCCGCCGCCGCUGGUGCUGCUGCUCCUCGCCGCCGCCGCCGCCCUCAUCCGCACAGGUGAUGGCCAGAAUCUGGUUACAGAAGAUGUGACAGUGGUGGAGGGGGACGUCGCCACCAUCAGCUGCCGCGUCAAGAACAGCGAUGACUCGGUGAUUCAGCUCCUGAAUCCCAACAGGCAAACCAUCUAUUUCCGAGAUUUCAGACCGCUGAAGGACAGCAGGUUCCAGCUGGUGAACUUCUCCAACAGUGAGCUCCGGGUGUCCCUGACAAACGUCUCCAUUUCUGAUGAGGGAAGGUACUUCUGUCAGCUCUACACCGAUCCCCCCCAGGAAAUCUACACCACCAUCACCGUGCUCGUCCCACCGCGCAAUCUGGUAAUCGAUAUCCAGAAAGAAAUCGCCGUCGAGGGAGAAGAGAUCGAGCUGAACUGCACUGCCAUGGCCAGCAGACCAGCCACCACCAUCAGAUGGUUCAAAGGAAACAAGGAGCUCACCGGCAAGUCGGAGGUGGAGCAGUGGUCCGACAUGUACACGGUGACCAGCCAGCUGCUGCUGAAGGUGGGACGGGAGGACGACGGGGUCCCUGUCAUCUGCCUGGUGGACCACCCCGCUGUCAAGGACCUGCAGACGCAGCGCUACCUGGAAGUUAUGUAUAAGCCUCAAGUGCGGGUCUCGCAGAACUACCCGGUGCAAGGCCUUACGAGAGAGGGGGAGCCGCUGGAACUGUCGUGCGCAGCCUUUGGAAAACCACAGCCUACGGACAUGAGGUGGUUAAGAGUAGAUGAUGAGAUGCCUCAACACGUUGUAGUGUCUGGUUCAAACCUUCUCAUUAGUAACCUAAACAAAACAGAUAAUGGUACAUACCGCUGUGAGGCUUCCAACGCGGUGGGGAAAUCACAUGCGGAUUACAUGCUGUUUGUAUACGAUCCCCCCACAACUAUCCCUCCUCCCACAACAACCACCACCACUACCACCACCAUCCCUACCACCAUCACAGACACAACGGCGACGACAGAACCAGCAGUUCACGGCUUUACUCACUUGCCCAAUUCGGCAGAGGAGCUGGACUAUGGGGAUCUCUCAGGUACUCCUGUCCUGCUAAAUGCUUCAACGGAGGCUCUGCCAACCGUGCAAUUAAGUAAUGCAUCCCUUGCCUUCCGUCCAGAUUCUCGUGCAGGUGAGGAAGGGGCAAUACGGAGCGUGGACCACGCGGUGGUCGGCGGCGUCGUGGCCGUGGUCGUGUUUGCAAUGCUUUGCCUGCUCAUCAUUUUAGGGCGAUAUUUUGCCAGACAUAAAGGUACAUACUUCACUCACGAAGCCAAAGGAGCAGAUGAUGCGGCCGACGCAGACACAGCCAUCAUCAAUGCAGAAGGAGGACAAAACAACUCCGAAGAGAAGAAAGAGUACUUCAUCUAGAGCAGCCUUGGUUUGUUGAGGUGUCCAACCGUGGACGGUUACUAUUUAAAUGCUCAAGAGACAGUGAUAUUGGAAGUUGCAACCAGCUUGUGUCUUUUCUUUUUAAAGAAAAAAAAGCCAAUGGGUGGAGAGUCGGAGGCUGGGAGGGUCCGGGAUUGGCUGUGUAAAAAUAUUCCUCGCAAAGUACACUCUGCUGUUCGACACCUCAGUUCGUUUGGGUUUUCUUUUCUUGGCCAAGUCCAGCUUGGAUUUAGUUUAGUGAAGUCAUUUGCAGAAGAUUCUGUGCCUUGUUUAAUUUCUGUUUGUUCGGGUCGGGGGGAGGCUGGGAAGAAGAGGGGCUUCUGUGCGUUAGUUCCCUUCGGGUUUCUGUGGCUCUUCGUUUCCCCUUUCCUCUUGGGUUCCGGGAGUUGCCUGCUGGGACCCCUUGGACCUUCCUUGAAGGUGUUUCUUUUUCUCGUCACCGGUUUCCGCUCAGAACUCGAGCUCAUCAGAGGAGAACCAGCACAUUUUAGACUUCGUAGUUUGCAGUUCAGUGUGCCCAUAUCCCAUUCCCUCUAUCGUCCUAAAGGCUCGGAUAAAGAGCGGCGAGAACCCACUCGUGGCUGCCCAUGUUUCAGGUGCUUUCCAUGAUGGUGACUAGGAAAUCGGCUGGAGCUCGGCAAAGGCGCCCUUCGGCCCUGGGGUAUCUUCCGGGAGGGAUGCGGGAUGUCUGCUCCUGCCCCAUGCCUUGUGGAUGCUCCAUCCCGCUCUCGGGGCUGGGCCCCCCUGUCCCGCUUUGCCAGAGCCGGCGCAGCCCGGCCCUUAUCAUCCUCCCCCCCAUUGCAGCCAUGGGGCAUGGGGUGCAGUGGCCUCGUGUCCUGCCCGUGGGGCACUACGGGAGCGCUGACCGACUUACAAAGCCAUAGGUGAAACGGGGACUCGAGGUCUGGUAGAACCGUAAGCGAGCAGCAGCAGAGCACCAGGACAAGGCGGUGUUAAAGUCUCUAUGCUGAAUCUUUUGUUUCUUGUGAGUAAUCUUUGAUUUGGAGCGAUUCUUUCUUUUUUUUUUACUGUGUUUCUGUGGAAAAUGUAUGCUGAUUUAUUUAAGGGAAGCAUUAAUCUUAGUGUCAGGUUUGGGGUUUUUAGGGGGGUUUUGGGGCAGCGUUUUCGUGCGUUUGGGUUUUUCUUUUUUAGCUGUUGUUUUUGGCAGCCCCGUGACACCGCGGGAUUCCUUCGGGAUCGGGACGGCCCGACGGCAGAGAGCGGGCCCGUGCUCCGGCAGCGUUCCGCCUUUUCCCUCCGCGCGAGAAGGACCUCGCGGGAAUACCCCUUGUUCCGAGCAGCUUUUGCCGAGCUCCUCUCCGAGCCCCCCCGCGCCGUGGCUGGGAGCAGGCAGCAGUGGGGGCUCUCCCGCCGCCGGGACGGGCACCCUGGCUUUGAGCAGCCCAUCUUUGUUUGGAGUGUACCGUAGUGCAGUGUUACCGAUGUAACUUUGACUUACGCUGUUGACAUGUCUCAGGUUCAUGUGUUUUGAUUGGUGUUUUCCGUCUCAGGUAGAUUGCAAAAUUUCGGCCCCACGCAUUCGAAACAAACCCUAGGAACAGGAUAAGAACCAGGAAAUUGCGACUUUGAGUUGUAUAUUGGGUUAUGUAUUUUUUCUUCAGUAUACAGUGCACUGUUUGAAAUGUAUUGUUGAGUAUUACUUUGUACAGCUUUAGAUCAUUAGGAUUUUGAAGCGUGAAGAAAGAACAACCUUGUUUAAGGGAUGUUACAAAUGAAGGACGCGGAACUGAUGAUAAACAACCUUGUUCUUUAUUUACCCGGCCUUUUUGGUUUUUCCCCUUAGGCCAGUUCUGUUUUAAGGUGUCCAUGGAAGGUGUUACAAUGUAAGAAAAUACAUAUCCAUCUGUUCCCAUUCACAUUUUGUAUUGGUUCAUGUAUACCAUUUUUACAAAGGAAAAGAAGUACUAUAAAAUAUCUGUCUUCUUAAUAAAAAAAAAAGAUUAAUGUUACAAAACUA